AUGUCCGAUCUGCAGCCGCCAACCGGGGAUCAGCUUGACUCUCCAGUUAUAGAAAGUGGUACUUUACCUUCGCUGGCCGAUAAUACCCAGGUUUCACAGUGUGAAAAAAAGCUAGACUUCACAUCCAUAAGCAGCAAGACCUUCGAGGUCGAGGAGAAGGCUUAA